AUGGCCGUCACAUCCCUUUCGCAAGAAGAAAUGGACGCAGUCCUCUACGACUGCAGAGAGGGAGACCUCGACUUCCUCAAGGAGGUCUUCACAGAGAUGGUUCCCGCGCUGCUUCUCCCGACCAUCAGAGAUGAGAACACAUUGAGCACACCCAUCCACAUGGCUGCUGCCAACGGCCACUUGGAGGUUCUCCAGUACUUGUUGUCGUUGGUUGACCGCGACACAGCCGUGGAGUUGGCCAACGCCAAGAACGACAGCGGAAACACACCUUUGCAUUGGGCCUGUUACCGAGGCCACUUGAAAAUCGUCCAAUUGCUUGUGGAGGAGUUUGGCGCCGAUGUGUAUGCGAAGAACUCCUCGAGCCACGAUGCGCUUUUCGAGGCCGAGCAUAACGGCCAGACAGAGGUGGAGAAUUGGCUCUUGCUGAAGUUUGCUGUGGAGGAAGAGGUGUCUGUAGACGAGUCUGGUGAGAAUACCAAGAUCACAUAUACACCAGGUAAUGAGUCGUAUGCGGUCGACAAGGAGAUGCCUAAGAACAUUAAUGCAUUGAGACAGACCCAGGGAUCCGUUGACGACGUGGAGAAGAAGACGGAGUCGUUGACUUUGGAGUAG